GCCCGGGGUCGGCUUCAGCUGUUCGCCUGGACUUUCUUAAUUUAGUCAUCCGGUGCCAUGGCGCCCAUUGAGGAGGAUGGCUCGACGGAAGAGAAAGAAGUCAAGAAGAAGCCUCUCAGCCCGUUUGCUACCGCUUGGCUCACAUUCUACAACAUUACCAUGACGGCUGGGUGGCUAGUACUAGCUGUAGCUAUGAUCCGAUUUUCCUAUCAGAAAAGAACACACAAGGGGCUAUACAGGAGCAUACAAAAGACGCUAAAGUUUUUCCAGACGUUUGCAUUGCUAGAGAUUAUCCAUUGUGCUGUUGGAAUAGUACGAACUUCAGUGCUUGUUACUGGGGUCCAAGUCAUGUCCAGAAUUUUCAUGGUGUGGUUUGUUAUCCACAGUAUAAGACCGAUACAGAAUGAGGAAAGCGUCGUUCUUUUCUUGGUCACAUGGACAGUGACAGAGAUUACCCGAUAUUCCUUUUACACAUUCAAUCUGCUCAACCAUUUGCCUUACUUCAUUAAAUGGGCCAGGUGGGAGAAUGUGAUGGAAGGAUGUAAAUGCACUGGAGACAGGUCAGAGGAAGUUUUUUUUGUUCAUUCACAGGACAUGGAUGUCACUGGCCAUGCCAGUAUUUAUUGCCAAAGCCCAAUUGCCCAGAGAUACAACUUCUUCAUCAUCCUGUAUCCGAUUGGUGUCGUUGGUGAACUUCUUACAAUUUAUGGUGCCCUGCCUUUCGUAAAGAAAUCUGGCAUGUAUUCUCUGAGACUUCCAAAUAAGUUCAAUGUCUCUUUUGACUACUACACUUGUCUUAUCAUUGUAAUGAUAGCAUAUAUACCACUUUUUCCACAACUGUAUUUCCACAUGCUACGUCAAAGGAGGAAGGUGCUUCAUGGAGAGGUGAUCAAAGAAAAGGAGGAUUAGAACAGUGACGAAAUAAUGGUGCUUCUCUCAGGAUUGUUCUACUGCUAAAACCCCAUAUUCACCGACAUUGUAAAUUAAGAUUCAAUCUGAAUUGACAGUUGAUCUGAAUCAAAGGCAUUGUGCUAAUGUUAUGAAUUCCCUCAACUUCAAUCAGUUUGGAAUUAAAAUGAUCUAUAUCACCAUUCCAGAUUGAUCCAAAAUUUGCUUCACUGUGUCCUAAUUAAUAUGCCUGGAAAGGAUCUGAAUUAUUAUGCGCUGUCAUUAAUAGAUUCUUAUGUCAUGAUGGCAUGUCUGUGAUUUUUCUUGCUUUGCACAGUUUGGUGUAAAUUCUUGCUGUUGAUACAUUUACCCAGAUUGUCUCCAUUAUGUAAAUGCUAAAUGUUUGAAACUGAAUUCACAUCAAUGUUAUCCAAAUGGAAUCUGAAUUCCGUGUGAUGGGGAUGGAAACUGAACAACCAAAACCUCUGUGAUCUAUUCAAUGAGUCUGAAUUAUGAGACUCGUGGAACCAAAAUAAACAUCUCUGUAUAAAACAUAA